AUUUUCAGUUGCAGUAGGAGCAGUGUAACGCCAAACUUGAUACCGUGCUUUCUUACUUUGGUGUUUAUUCUUUCGUGCCGACGUGAAGAAAAGACACUUGACAUCAUCGUUAAUUUUGUAUUGCGUGCGGUUGCAUUUUCUUUUCUUAUUCGUGAUUUUAAUUCAACUAUGAUAUUGUCAUGGGAGACAUUUGUUUGGAUCGUCGGCAGAUUUUUGGGUUCUAUAGGACUGUUGGUUUGCAUUACGAUGUUGGUAGUGAUAUUACUUUACAUUUCCUAUCCAAAUAUACUUGGAAUUCUUAAGCGUUACAUGCCCAAAUACGCCAGUAGACUUGAUAAUUUCACCAAAUUCUUUACCGUAAAACUAAUUGAAAAGUUAGCGUCCCAGUCUGGCAUAUUUGGAGUCCAGUCCAAGCAAAAGAUCCUCUACGUACCGAAUGCCGACCAACAGCCUCCAUCGUCAAAUUACAAUCUGAACAAGAGCAACAGUUUCGAUGAAAUAUCUCAAGAUGCCCUUUCUCAACAUCUUCUGAGCAAGGAAACGGCCAAUUUGAUCGAUCAGUUAAAUAGCGAUGGAUCAUCGAAAGAGUUCGACAAAACAAUGCACGACAUGCUGCGCUACUUGAAGGAUUUCAAAAAGAAAGCCAACAUCACCGAGUUUGAAAUUUAUCAAAGUAGCAUGCACUGGUUAUCCGAUCGGUUAGGUAUUCACCACACUUUCAUCGUUUUCCAAACGGACGGUGGAACUGAAAAAGAGUACUGGUGGUCGCUGGAGAAGAACACCAAAUACAUCGUCAUGCAGAGAUCACGAAACCAGGUCGCAGUCGUCAGCAGGUUCAUGAGAAAAAAUCGAAAAAACGUUAAAUGUAUCGGUGAAAACCCAAUUAAAGGCCACGGCACCAUGGCCGAGCUCUUGACAACGCUGUGGGCGUUCAACAUUACGGAAAAGUAUCACGUCGUCAAAGCCAACUGUCAGACGUUUGUUCAAUUCAUAGAGAAAGCCUACCAAAAGUCAUCCGAUUUCGUAAACAAUCAAAUCGCGUCGUUUGAAUCAGCGGUGCCCUAUUCUACUUCUCUUUCCAACCAAAAAAUCGACCCAAUCAUUAAUUUGCUAACCAAAUUUCCAGAGUGGCCGCCAUUAUUUGCCAUCGUUUACCUGGGAGAUGCGGUUCUGCUCGAAAACUUUUUAUGCAAUGACAAAAACACGAAAUACACCGACGUUGACUUCGUCGCUUACGACACCACUGUACUACAGCUGGCCAUACUUUUGUCUAAAAUCAAAAUGGUCGAGAUUUUACUACGAAAUCCGAAUUUCAAAAAAGAGAUCCUUAUUACUCGGCUACUUCAGAACGAAGAUCCAGAUAUCCCUUGGAAAGGUAUGAGUUUACUUCAUACGGCCGCAGCCUUCACGGGCGAUACGAAAAUCAUCGAUUUACUAUUUAAACAUCAAAAAGUCAAUAAAGACACGGACGCAUCGGGAAGAAAUGCCCUGCACAUCGCGGCCGUGGCAUCCAACGUCACCACCGUCAACCAUUUGCUCAAAAACUGUCAUUUAGAUCCCAAUGCUCGUGACAACAGCGGCCUGACUCCACUUCACUUGGCAGCACGACACACAGACAACAGCAACAUCAUCGACUUACUCCUCAAAGCUAAAAAGACACAGGAAACUGACAGGGGCCUCGAUGAUGAUGACUCUCAAGGAAGAACGGCCCUCCACCACGCCGUCAUUGGCUCGAACGUGACGGCCACUCGCCGCCUGAUAGAAAAAGGAGCCAACCCCAUUCAAGCCGACAGGCACGGCACAACUCCGUUGGAUUUGGCGGUACAACAAGCGAAAGACAUGGAGAUCAUCAAUUUGUUCCUGGAAAAUAAAACCGUCUAUAAAGAACUCAAAGUAAAGGGCGGAGAUAGAGUUUUCAACUUUAAAAACCCCAAUGCUGCUGGAUUGAGCAAUGAAAUCGAGCAACGCUUGCGCAGCAAAGGGAUCAUCAGGAAACUACCUAUACCUCCUGAAGCUAAUUCCGAAACCAAUCCACAAACGAAUCCCGAAAUCAAUCAUGGAAAUAAUGGAGAAGAAAAUGGUGGAGAAAAUAACGCAAGAAAAAACAAGCCCUGUAAAAAUACAGAAAUUCUCCCGACAGACAAUAAGGAUAAAAAAACGAAGAAUAAUGAGAUGUGGGGAAUGACAUCGCAGGUAAAGAUCGACCAAUGUACUGCAAAAAGGCCUUUGAGUGUGUGUUAAGUGUUACGACCGAGUCCAACAUAUCCCAUCAGAUUGAAGGCUUACGCUUCUAUAGCCACGCACAAAAGCGAAGCGUAGCUACAUUUUCUUGGUAGUAUUGCAACAUCACAGUCUAAUUAAGUCUUUGAAUUUGUCCUGUAGCUACAUCGACACCCACUCAACCACAAAAUCCUGUAGCUACCUGUACCUGUACCCCACAUGGAAAUCCACUUUCAGAUAUUGCUUGUUUUGCAUUUGUAAAAGAAAUCCCCCCACUCUAAAAUAGUCCCGUGCCAGUUCAAAUUGGUUUGUCGAUUACAAAUACACACAAAUUUAUAGUUA